AUGUUUGUCCUUGUUCCACUGUGCGACGUCCCGUCCCGGGAGAAGAGCGAUCGGCUUCUCGAAUUAAUUGCGCGAAUCGCACCUUUUACGGCCCGGAGUGAACCCGAAUGUCGCGCGUACGCCUGGUUUCGAAACGCCGAGGACACCGACGCGGUGCCUGGUCACUGGGUCCGCGGCAUAGAAGUCUAUGAAACCCAGGAGGCUAAUCGAGAGACGCACCGUGCCGGCGAGGCGUACCGGGAAUUCCGCGCUGCCGUUGCCGCAGAAGGCUUGCUUAAUGGAUAUCCCGAUAUGCGAUUCUGGCGUGCUACUGGGGUGGGGUUCCUGACGCGUGCCCCAAUCAACAUGAUGGCGGACCGUGAAGCGACGAAGAACCAGUACAUUAUAGUGCAGGAUUUGUCUCCCAAGCAAGGCGCAAAGAGCAAGGUGCUGGACACCCUUGGGUCCGUGGUCAACUCCGUUGAGAGCGUUUCCAGUGUUGGCAGCUUUUGGGUUCUCGAACGGGAAAACAAGGAGGAUGGUGAUGAUGUGAUAGUAUUUGCAAGAUUCGAUUGCAAGAACAGCUACGAAGCAUUUAUGGCUACGGAUGCCGGGCAGACUUGGAAAACUGUCGGUGAUCUCUGUCAGGCGGCACUGACGACGACGUGGACCGAGGCUGGCAUUGGAUUCUUAGGAAGGUAG